GUCGCACUCCUCCCGCUCCGUACCUCCGAGACGCGUCGCGCUCCGGCACUCCGCGAUCCGCUUAGUCGUCGAACAGAGUUCGUCGACGCCGGUCGGCUUCGGGACCCGGUUGUCGUGGAACACUCGCUCCGAAAUCGCGAUCCCAGCGGCUCCGGUCGUUCGCUUACGGUUGGCCAUUUCGGGAGUUCGUGGUGGUUCCGCGGGUGCGUUUGCGACGGUCACGAACACGGGGCCGGCGGCUGCGGACAAAAAUAGCGUUCGUUAUCAUCGCGACCUCGGCGCGCGGCGAGACGAGAUAGCGCGAGGUCGGCGGCACCUGCGCGCCGCACCCCACGUGCGCGUCCGCUGCAACCGACAAUUAGCAAGUGGCCACCGCUGGAGCCCUUCCCCGCGCCCCGCAGCCGCAGACUUUACCUAGCAUUGUCUGGACUCUACACAUUCCAGAACAAAACUGUAGGCAUUUUAAUAAUAAAGGAUUUCAAGAUCAAUCCUAAUCCAUUUUCACUCUGCGUGCCUACUCAAAAACAUGUAGCGUAGUAGGAUUACGUAUAUUAUCAUUCAGAAGCCAUUGGUACCCUUAUUUACGAGAAACGAAUAUCGUAAGAGUUUUUAAAUUGUCAUCACUGUUAUCUUCGCAAACGCACUUAAAACGUUUUUUCUGUACCAUAGGGAAGUGUUCGGACAUUACAUCAAGUUGUAAGUUCUAUAGUGACUAAAAUAAAUUGAAAGUGAAGUAUCUUUAUUUUUAAAGACAAGAUAUAUAUGAAGACAUAUGUAACUAUGUUAAUAAGGACUAGUGAUAUAAAAGUUUAGCAUAAACUGUGCUUGAACAUAGAAUGGGUAUACUCAUGGAUUCCACUGAUGUGAAUUUGGUCACUGCAAAUUAUCAACAACGUCGUGCGAAACCGGAACUUUUUGGAGCGAUGAGUGCGCCUGGGGACGCUUUCUACUCGGACACGCUCCACACCAUUGCAAUAAAUACCAGGGAAACAGAAUACAGCAGCAUAGUGGAGCCAAUUCCUAUCGUGCUCAGAACUUACCAACAGUUUCAGCCGAACUGCUACCCUGUUAAUGGCUACGGAUAUCCCCAGUCACUGGUAGCUUCCGUAGCUUCUGCGCCUUGUGUACCUGAGGUUGAAAAACCCUCAACUUCGAUCGCUCAAAGCCCCAUCAAGGAAGAGGACACUCGAAAGGUCGCAAGGCCUCCAAAAAAGAAGUGGAUCAAAGAGUACUUAGAGGAGGAACCGAAGUCGCCGGUGUCGGUGCGGCUGACAGGAGUGUCGGUGACGCGCAGCAACGGCGUGGUGCGGCCGACCUCGCCGGUGUUGGUGACGCCCUCUGCACCCGCGCCCCUCGAGCCAGUCCUGGCCCCUGUCGCCCCCAUCGCCCCCGUCGUCAACGUUGCCCCCUCCUCCGCUCCUCUCGACUUCGUACAAGAACAUUCCAGGCCGCGUAAUACAAAUAUCAGCCACGGGCUACCACAAAUACCGUCUCCACCGUCAGUCAGCAGCAAUGGAAGCGGCAGUAGUAGCAAUGGCAGCAGCGGCAGUGUGCCGCGUGCUGGCACCCGCGAAGUGCACAAUAAACUGGAGAAGAACAGGCGUGCUCACCUCAAGGAGUGCUUCGAACUGCUCAAGAGACAACUGCCCGCAACGCCUGACGACAAAAAAACCUCUAACCUGUCUAUACUCGGCUCGGCCAUCCGGUAUAUACAGGUACUUCGGCGAAAGGAGCGUGAAUGCGAGCAUGAAAUGGAACGGUUGGCGCGAGAGAAGAUUGCGGCGCAACAACGGCUCGCCACGUUGAAUAGAGAUGUUACGGUGCGCACUACGCCCCGCCCUCGGAGCAUCGAUCCUGUUUCUGAAGAUAAGGAAAGAGAAGAGAAUUUGAAUGGACAGAUUUUAGGACUUCCCAUAAGUAUUAUCUCCUCGCCGACGCGUUCCGCAGCUCAAAUGGAGUCGUCGCCGCCCCGAACCCUAAACCUUAGUACGAAGUUGCGUACACUGCCCAUACAGAUAACACCCACCACUUCUCAGGUUGUUAGGACAUCAUACGGUACUAGGCAUAAUACGCUUACCCUCACAACCAUCGCUCCAGCGGACGGUUCGCUUCAGCAUAAUUGUCAAGAAAAUGGAGUGACAACAUCAUUAAGUAGCUUAGUACAUCCGGCGCAAAUUCACCUUCCUUUAUCACAAGUGGUGAGUAGCGGUGGACUGGUGGUAGGCCCUGCGGCGUUACAGCUGCUGUCGACGAGCGCAGGCCUACGGGUGAUACAAGCCCCGUCAAUUCACACCAAUGGUGUAACCUCGGAUAGUAAUAGGGUAUUAAAAGAAAAUGGUGUGGUGUCGCCCCCGCCAGCUUCAACAGAAGGUAGCGUAGUAGUUAGUGGAUUGACACCUAUAGUUGUGUCUCAGCCGGCGACGCAUUUGUUGCAAACGCACACUCUCACGCAUAAGAUGGUGGAGACGCAGAUGGUGACGGGGGGCGUGGCUCCACUGACGUUAAGUGCGCAAUACCUUAGCGCUACCGCGAUCGUUAAGCCCGUCGUCGUUGUAUCUGAGCACGCACGCACCCGCGAGCACACGUGACCGGAGCCGAUGCUGUGAGCCCGCAGUGCCUGCUAGUUCAGGCGGACUCGUGUGAUCAGUGACCAGUGCUCAGGCUAAGAGACCAAGUGUACAUUCAUCCGGACGUCCACUGCUGGACAUAGUUCUUCUUUAACGAUUUCCACAACUCACGGCAUAGACUUAGUAUAUAAUGCGUUAAUUGAAAUUCCACCAUAGACUCAUUAAAAUACGCUGUCUUGAAGCGCAUCGGUCAGCAGAUUAUAUAGUACAGUCUGCAAAAAAGUAAGGGAUGUUUAGUAAGUAAAAAGUGGUCCAAGGGCAAAAUAAGAGUUCUGCUAGUGCAGGUGGACUCCAGCGAUCAGUGCUCAGGUUAACAGACCAUGUGAACUUUCAUCUGGGCGUCCACUGCUCGACAUAGGUCUUCUUUAACGGUUUCCAAAACUCCACGGCAUACACUUAUUAUGUUAUAAUGCGUUAAUUGAAAAUCCGCCAUCUUGAACCGCAUUGGUUAGCGGUUUUAUUAGUAAUAAAAAAUGGUCGAUCGGCAAAAAACCUGAACUGCAGGUGCAGGCAAACAGACCGAGUCUACAUUUAUCAUCAUUGCAAGCGUUGGACGUCCACUGCUAGACAAAGAUCAUCCUUAAAGAUUUCCUGACUCCAUGGCAUAGACUCGUUAUAUUAUAAUCUGGUAGAAAUAAGAAUGAGAUUGAAAGUCCGCCAUCUUGAACCGCAUUGGUCAAUAACUUCACAUUUUCUACAAGACAAAAUUGCCUGAAGUAUAUAAAAAACACAUAAUAUAACAUUGCAAAAUGGUGCCUCCUGCAUUCGCGACGUGAGUUAACGUGAUCGAUUAACGACAUCAGGUAUUUUCGUAAAACAACCAUUCUUAUUCAAAGUUAUUUCGUGCAAUAAAUACGACGUAGUUCAUAAGUGGUUCGUGUAAGUAUUCAGAUGGCGGCGACUUGUUUGUGUGUUGAAAAUAUUGCGCUUCGCGUGAUUUCAGUAAUCCUGUCAAGUGUUCAAGAUUAUAUCAAGUAUUUCGCCGCGCCCUUUUAAAAAAAUUAAACGGUAAUAACCAUAGUUAAAUUAUCCAUUUGAAAAUCCCUCGAGAUGCUUAAACAGCGUAAACAAUAGCUACGCUGAAACUUAGGCGAAUUAUUCUUUAUUUAUGAUAUUCUAAAAUAUACCGUCUCAAUUUGACCUUUUGUACACAGAAUAGUUCUUCCGAUUCAAAUUUUAUCAUUUCUAACAUAUACCCAAUAUUAUAUUUUGUAAUUAUGUCAUAAGUUUUAAAGAAAAACCUAUAGGUAUAUAUAAUCAUAUCUGGUAAUGUAGAUUUGAAGACGCUGUGGGAAAAACAAUGAAUAACACUUAUUCUAUGUGAAAUUGAGCCUAGUGCCACAUUUUUGGUAUAUUCUUUUAUGUUAAACCAAGAAUGAUUUCACAUACAGACAGAGUAUAUAGUGAUUAGAGAUCAAUUUUUUUUUAUUAAAAAAAUUAAAGUUUAAACAGCUUUUAAACAUGAUUAUAUAUAUUUUUAGAGGAUAUAAAGUUGUUGUAUCUAUAUUUAAACAUUUUGUUCAUUAUUUUUCUCGAGGAGUAUCCAUUUCAGAAAUGUUUGUCUUCAGUGCGCAUAUGCGGAUAUGGAGAUUAUUGUACAGUAUCGAAAUGGUUGUUGGUAACCUGUGUUCACUGCCCAAUUUAACAAGCAAUAAUUCGAUGUUAACGUUUUACUUAAGAAAGUUUCAGAGCUUUGUGAGUUGCUUUUGUUCCUACUCGUGAACUCUAGUAUAGGUCGCAUCCUUCGAUCAGUAAUGCACUAGAUGUGCAAUGUCCGGUUUUUGUUUUUACUGCAUUCCCACAGUUUUAUCAACCAUUCGAGCAUUGGCGCACGGAUGGAAAUAAUAAACGUGGAAUAAUAAACAGGGGUAAACAACUCCUAUUCCUAACAAACUGGUGUAAAACCUAUCUUAUUUUUCACGGACAAUUUUGGACACAUCUACAAUAUUCAUCGCAGGAAGCAUCGCUUUUAAAUAACGCUGUUGGUCUAACUGCGUGGGCUAUUUGUGCAAUUAGAUACAUGCGAACGAGUCAGUCUUGCCUUAUGUUGUUUUGCAAGAAAUGUACUAUUGACACAAGUUUUUUACUGCAGUGAAUUUAAAUAAACAAUCAAGUCGGCAGUAAUGUUAAUAAUACCACGUAAAGCGCAUGUAUUUGUAUAAAUUGUCAAAUGCUCAAGUAUAUCGUGCACUUAUUUAACGUGAUAUGAUCUAUAAAUAAUGUAUGUGUGAAUAUCGCUGAAUUGCUGGGAGCGCGUGAAUUUUAGGCUCCAUUUACAUAUAAGUUUUGGACGACCUCACUUUGUCAUUGGUGCCAGUUAUGUUGUAGACAAUUUUCUAAACGAAAGUAAAUUGGUCAUUCUUAAACUAGUCCAGUCCUUUUUCACAAAGAUCCUUUUAAGAUUAAUAUACUGUGGAUGGCAAAUUAGUUUAAUUAAGAGAUUUGUGUCCAACGUAAUUCUGACCAUUGAAUUAUUUGUUAUGACCUUCAAGAUUAAGAAGCGGUUAUCUCUACUUACUGGAAGCUUAUUGAAGUUGAAGAAAUGAAAAGAUCCAAAAGUGUUAUGUUAAUGUGGCCUCACGUUGUAUUUGAUAUAAAACUUUGUAUGUGGUUUCUAAUCAUUGUUCCAAAUAUACAAAAAAUAUUUCUAGGAAAAUGAAAGGUUCGUUAAAUAGUACGAUUUGUACUAAAAACUUAGACUAAUUUUAGGCUGCUUAAUAAUACAAUGUUACUUUCUAAUAAGUAAUUUAUUAUCGGAAUAAUGUUAGGAAAUUCGAAUUGUUACAACCUAUUCGUACGUCACACUUGUUAAUUCUAUGAAUACGUAUCACCUCAUAUUACGUCGGUUUAGGUAGCUAUAGGCAGAAAGACUUGACAUGUCUUUCAAUUGAAAUAAACAUUUGAAAAGCGGUUAAGUCAUAGUUAGACUUGCCCAUGAAAGUUUCCGUACCGUGCAACGUGAAACACUACAUAGUAAUGACACUAUUACGAUCGAGAAAAAAACAUCAAAAAUACUUCACUUGUAUGAGGGCCGUUUUAGUUUUCAACUAUGUUUAAGUAUAGCAACCAAAAUUCACAUUAUUUGAGCAUUUUAACUCUACCAAUUACGGUUCAUGAGAAACAACUCGCCGAUUAACAGCAAUCGGCGAGUGGAGGCUUGAUAUUUUUGGCUAAAAAAUAUACGUAAACGUUUUAAGUGAAUUUUGGGUAGUAUAUACAUUACAUAAAAAAGAUAUGUUUUCAGAUUUUUACACUUCACGACAUAGAGAAAAAUGUUUGACACCUAAACCGACUGUGUAUAGUUCUCUUUUUCACAAUAUAGGUAUACGUUUAACAGCAAUAAUGCAAGAUGAAAUGCGUUACUAAGAACGAAGAAUGUAUGUAUGUUUAUCACGUACUUAUGCUGGAAUUCAUAGUCAAGAUAGGGGUACGAUUCAGCCACCACGCGGUAAAUUCAACCUUUAUACAUGUCUAUCCAUUCCCCAAUUUGGCAGAUGUUUGUGGCUGAAGGCUGGCUGAUCGAAUUUCGAAAAUUGCGAUUGCAUGUAGAAUUUUCUUUGUAAAACAAUAGAUAGUCUAUUGUUAAAAUUCAAUUCAGGUAGAGGUUUUCACCUCUCACACAUAGUUCAUCUCUCGUCUCGACUACGAAUUCCAGAGCUAACCAGCGUGGUUUGCUAUUAUUCCAAUUUUGCGCUACAACUUCCUACCUAAGUUAUUAACUCAAAUUAGGCUCGAUUGUGUGUUAUAAUGGCCGGUUCACAUUAUUCCAGCAGUCUUCUCGGGCACUGUGUUGCUAUUGCCAGAAUUGCGUACUCGAUUCAGUGAAAAAUGCAAUUCGUUGUCAUUCCAGUGCACGCACGAAGUGUUUGCAACUCAAUUGCAAAACAAUGUUGGAAACUUUAUUCAGACCUGUGCUGGAAUAAGUAUAUUCGACUGGAUCUGAUUUGAAUAAUGUGAUGUGGCCAUAAAUACCCUAACGUAUUAAUGCAAAUGCUUUUUUUCUGAAGCUGAAGCGCAAAACUACUAACGAUGGAUAAUAUUUUUCGAAAUUACAUUAGUAUUAACGAAUAAAGGCCCAUCGACACGUCGACAGGGCGCUUAACUCAUUGCAAACAUCUUCAAUAUUCAAUACUGGACUACAUGCAUAUCGAAGAUUUUUGCAAUGUCAUGCGUACGAGUACGCACACGUACUGUGCCUUUAAAAGUCGCCAUCAAUUGAGAAACGCGCUUUGUAUUUUAUGUGUGAAAGUUUCAUAGUUGUUGAUUUAACACGUGAUAGCAAAGUGACAAAUAUGUGACGAAAGUAUGAGUUGUCUGUUUUAUGAGACCUCGAAAGUUGACUGCGAUUUACAUGGUAUAGAAACAGCGCCUACUAGUGACAAGCCUGUUUCCCCCUAUUGUAACUAGAUGGCGCUCUUUCGAUAGCUUUCUUUCGAUCGAAUAAGUAAACGUAGGUAGAAAAUCUGACACUUGGCACUCUGCAGAUGCGAAAGACUUCAGCAAUAGGAUUCGAUCACAUCAGAUGUGUCAAACAUCAGGCAUUUCAGAUGAGAUUGUUUAGUGUGUGUUUCACACCAUACGUGUUUGCAGUAGGUGCGUCGGCUGCAGCUUUUACGCCCCUCGCGGUCCAGCGGCUCUUACGGCAGUCUGCAAUAAAUGUUUUAGUCCGGCCAAUCUGUUACGCUAGCGUAGGUAAAAUUCACGUUAUAUUUUUCUACAAAUAAAUGAAUUCCAUGUGAUUGUACAGAACAGUAAUGAUAUGAAUGUAAAAUUAAAAUAAAAUAAAAUAUUAUUUAAAUUUUAUUUAUUUAUCUAGAGCCAGUAAACUAAGGAGCAAAUUUUAUAUAUUUAACUGAAGCUGAAAUGUAUUUUGGAGCGGAUUCAUAUAUAUUAAGGAAAUAUUAUACAGACAUAACUUCGUUCAUAUAAUAAUUUAUUUAAUUCUUAAUAUUUUUCACAAUAGUAUAAUAACCAUUUCAAAAUAGUGUUAUUAUUAUAAGCACGGAAGUUAGGUGAAAACAAUGUGAUGAUCGCCAAUCUCUAAUCUAUUAGGCGAGUUCUUUCUCAUUUGGCUAAUUUUACUUAAGUUGCAAAAAAAAAUGCCUACAGUCAUGCCCUCCCUAUUACUGAAUAGAUUUCCACAAUUAUACCUUAUUGUCUGUUGUAAGAUAUUAACAUAAAUUCAGAUAAUAAUAGAACAACUGCCAUACUUGCAAUGUGAUAAUCACAAUCCCGAUGCUUUAAGCUGUAAUCGGAACAGAUAGUGCAAUUAUGGGCCGCAAACAUUAUUCUAAUUUGGAUAAAAUGGGCUUAACUAUUAUCUGAUAUGCUAUCUCUUGCAUUUUUAUGUUCUUUUUAACAGCUGUCUCAAAAACAAUGCAUUUACCAGAUAGCUUAGAACUUUUUGCAUUGUUUGAAGCUUUGCUAGUAUUAAAAUUUUCGUCAACCAUUUGUUAGCACUAAUAAAAUAUUACUUACAAUUAGCAUAAUAUUCUAUGUAUAUAUUUUAGUUUUAAAUAUAUAAAUUUCAAUAUAAUUGAAUUUAGUGACAUAAACAAUAUACAUAUUAGAAGAAUACGUCAUGAAUUCCUCAUAAUAGGCACUAGCUAUGCAGAUUACUGAAUAUAAGGCUCAAUAUACAUAUGUUUUUGGGGAAUUAGUAAAAAUACCCCCAAUUAGUAAAAAUACCCCCAAGUAGCAAAAAUUGGUAGUAAAUAUACUUACUUGAUACAUUGUUUAAUACAUGGUUAAAAAUGUGACAUUGUGAAUGUUUAGUACUAAGCUAAAUUGAUAGGUAUAGAUUAACAAGAUGAAGUUUAUUUUUUCUAUAUAUCUGUGAUGCCUGCAGUUAGAUAACGUAGUACCUACUCGAAACUCUGUACAAAGACGUCUUUAGAUGUUGUCAAUUGCUAAUAUUCGCGUUUUAAAGUUGAAUAAGUAUUCGUAUAAAAAAAAUGUGGCUUAUAUGUGUUAAAUCUUUUUUGUGAUAAAAAAUGGUCUCAGUAAAUGACAAAAUUAAAAUGUUAAGUGAGCUGUACGGACGACCGAAAAAAAUUUGCAUAAGCUAAAACUAAAACAAAGAUUUAAGGUGCAAACCGUACUGGCGCGAAACUGCGCGGCGCAGAAAUCCAAGUUCCACUGCAGCUUAGUGCGGUCAAUUUUAUGCAUAACCGUACAUUCAGGUUCAAUCUUAACACGAAGUUUAUAAUCUACAUACAAUUUGCGUCACUAAAUUUAAAUAAGUAAAGCUCAAUCUAGUCAUAUCAACGCAUUUUUAACGGUAAUGAAACUGUGAAAAAGGCAGUACGUGCCGUUAGCUUCAGAACCGUUAGCUUAAUUAGUACGUCCUAAGCCGACUCGUGUUGCUGAAGUCAAGUUAAAGAUAAAAAUACGUUGCUUGCAGCUCGCGCGCGCGCUUAAAUGAUCGAUUACCUUAUUUGCCGCACAAAACGUCGAGAAGUGAUGCAAUAAAAUCAGCACCUACUUUUUGUAGAUUUGCACUCUUGCAAUCGUAGUCUUUGGAGUGUAAUAACACUACCUUCAAAGUAAAAUCGACCUAAUUUUUCUUACUUCAAAGUUUAAGUUCUACAAGCAGCGUUUGUUAUAUAAAAACCCAUAGUACAUUUUGUACCUACCUACCAAAAUGAAUACAAGAUUAUUUUUUUUGACGUUGUAAUGUUGAUACCCAUAAAUUUCAUAUUGAGGAUACCACACUUGUCCUUUCAAGGAAUUAACUACAUAAAUCCACUAUUUAUUAUUUCAUUUUGAAUGUUUUUUUCAUAAACUUGCUUUUAUUAUCGCAAAAAUUCGUUCGGAUACCUUUAAUCGAUACUUUUGUAAGUGUUUUAUAAAAGACAUGUUGUAUUUUUAGCCAAAAUAGUUAUGUUUGUUAGGUACCAAAGGCGCAAGAGAUUGAUAAUAUUACUAAAUUAUUUUGAAUUAUAUAUAUACAAAAAUAACCCUACAGUAGUUUAAUUUCAUAUUCACUGAGUAAAAUUGCGUAUUAUUUCCUUCCAUACUAAUAAAAUGAGUAAAGACUAUUGACCAUUGAAUAUACCUUAAUACUGAAUUCGCUCCAGUGGUUAGAUGUUCAGUAUACAAUGUAUAUUUAAAAAUAAAGUUGUAUAACAAUAUACGAUUUAUCCUUAGCUUUUCAAGUGAUUUGUCACUUUGCCUAAUAUUAAUAGUGUACUGUGUAGUUAUGAAAAUUGUAUAAAUAUUUUAAAGUAAGAGAGAAAUUUAUUUUAAUUGUAAUAUUGUGAAGCGAAUGCUCAUGUAAAUAUUGUAGUGUAUAAAGUUCUAAUGUGUUAGAAAUACACGAAGUUAUAUAUUUAA